CCUCGGAGCCUCGCCCACAACUAGCUCCUCCUAGCCGCCCGCUGGUGCCGCUUGACUGCAGGCUCCUCGUAGUGCCCUUUGUGGGAUUCCGGGUGCUGUUACAGGAUUCCAGAAAGCCUGAAAGACCAUCAUGGCAGAGAAGAAGCCCAAGCUCCACUAUCCGAACGGGAGAGGCCGGAUGGAAACCGUAAGAUGGGUUUUAGCUGCCGCUGGAGUCGAGUUUGAUGAAGAAUUUUUAGAAACAAAAGAGCAGUUGCAGAAGCUGCAGGAUGGUAACCACCUGCUGUUCCAGCAAGUGCCAAUGGUGGAAAUUGACGGGAUGAAACUGGUGCAGACCCGAAGCAUUCUCCACUACAUAGCGGACAAGCACAACCUCUUCGGCAAGGACCUCAAGGAGAGAACCCUGAUUGACAUGUAUGUGGAAGGGACGCUGGACCUGCUGGAACUGAUUAUCAUGCACCCUUUCCUAAAACCAGAUGAUCAACAAAAGGAAGUGGUUAGCAUGGCCCAGAAGGCCAUCCUUCGGUACUUUCCCGUGUUUGAAAAGGUCCUAAGGGAGCAUGGACAGAGGUUCCUCGUUGGUAAUCAGCUGAGCCUUGCGGACGUGGUUCUCCUCCAGACCAUUCUGGCCCUGGAGGAGAAAAUUCCCAAUAUCCUGUCUUCAUUUCCUCACCUGCAGGAGUACACAGUGAAAAUGAGUAAUAUCCCUACUAUUAGAAAAUUCCUUGAACCUGGCAGCAAGAAGAAGCCUCCUCCCGAUGAGAUCUACGUGAGAACCGUCUACAACAUCUUUAUGCCGUAAAACAACGCAGGCGUCUGUGAGUGAGAACUCGCCCCUAGAGAUUGCCGUGUCCACAGUAGUAUCUUAAUCGAUGCCAGGCUGCCGUGAUCCCAGCUCUGUCUUGGUGCUCUGUAUAGUUGUUCCUAAGUUGGGUCUUUCGUGUCAAGGAGGUCUCUUCUAGAAAUAUUGGCAUUUUUUUUUUGUCCAGUGAAUAAUGUUAUGUACCUGUUUCUGAAAAGCUUUUUGGAGAGGCUGGCAUUUAAGUUAGAUGUGAUCUGAGCCCACUUCCUCAUGACCGGGGUGGGCAGGACCUCUCGUUCUCUCCUGAGCUGCUUUUCUCCUCUCCUUAUCCCAUUCUAAACCCCGUCUGUUCUCUUCCUCCUUUUUAGUGUCUAGUAACAACAGAAUAUUUAGUGAAUAUCUCCCUCUGAGCUAUUAUAAAUCCAUGAUAGUAAUGAAUGCAGUCGAUAUAAGCCAAAAUAAAGAUUUACAAAUCACUGCCCUGUUGCUAGAAUUUUUAAAUUAAAUUGUUUGAAAUCUAUAAUACAGUUACAUGGUUCAAAAAUCAAAAAAGUAUGAAAGGCUGUACAGUCAGAAGUAGUCUUUUCAGCCCUGCCCCCCAGCUCCCUGCUUCUUCCCACAGGCAAACAUAGUUAUCAUGUGUAUAUCCUUCCAGUUAAUUUUGAUAUACACAUAAGAAAAUAUAAAUAUAUAUUACUUCUAUCACCCAAAUGUUCAUUGGCAGGCUUAAAUUUUUUGCAUUUCAGACUAAAAAGAAUUUUUUGCAUUAUUCAUACCGCCUUACACAUGUGGCUCAAAUACUAACUGAGCAUGCUACAUGCCAAGCAGGGUUCCAGGAGGCAGAACCCUAGAACCAGCCCCUGCUCUAGAAAAACUGACCACACAGAAGGGGAGAGAGAUGCGUAAACAGCGGAAGUAAUUUGGGAAAAGGGAGAAAUGCUGCUUUUGGAGUACCUAAUACUCAGAAAUUGAAAAACUAAGGAAAGCCGAGUUUUUGAUGAGAGCUCACAGAGGAGACACAUUCAUCCCUUACCGCAGGAGGGGGUUUUGCUCAGAUUUAAAAAAAACAAGCAAAUAGUACCGAGGAGAUCAUUAAUGCCUGUCCCAAUCAUUGCAUGGGCCUUAGUGUCUCAUUAGAGGAAAUCAGCUGCAGACAUCCAGGUUGCUGUCUUCACGCUCUCACAGUGGGAGCAUUCUGCCAUCACACUGACAUUUAGGACUGUUGGGAGAGCAGGGGCUUGGUGGCACUCGGAACAGUGGGCCAGGCCCUGGGAGCAGUGGUGGCCCAGGCUGCUGCUGCUGCUGCUGCUGCUGCUGCUGCUGCUGCUGAGGUAGAGGCCCAGGCUCCGGCUAGGAUCCGGAGAGCAAGAGCCAAGAAAAAGAGCAACUGGGGGAGUGUGUAGUGAAAGACUCACCCUUCCCAAAGGCCAGACCAGAGACGACAGGUCUGAACUUUGCUUCUGGGGGGUGAUGUCUAAGCUCUUGGAAUGUCAUGUCUGAUAGCAGUGUCUUUGUUUGCCUGCGGCCCUUGACCCAGCCAGAUAGCAACAAUGUGACUAGAGCCGUACCAAUAAGGCCACAUACAUAGGGUGGGGGCUUUGGGCCCUGCCGUGUCAGCUGAACUCCGGAAGGGCUGGAGAUGGGUCAGCCAUGUGGGCAGUCAGGUAGGCCCACGUGAUGGAGCCUGCAGUAAAAACUCUGGACUCAAAGCUUGGGUGGGCUUCCCAGGUUUACAACAAUCCAUUGUCACACAUGGUUGCCAGGAGGAGUUAACGCCGUCCAUGAUUCCCCAGAGAGGACGUCUGGAAGCUGCGUGUCAGGAGCGCUCCCGGACUCUGCCCCAUGCAUCUCUUCCCCCAGCUGACCCCAGUCUGUAUCCUUUCCCUGUAAUAAACCAUGGUCGUGAGUAUAACAGC